AUGACAAACAUAAACUUUCUCAAACCAGUUAUAAAUUUCCUCUUCUUCAUAAGCUGCUUUGUUAUCAAACCCUCCGAUGCAACCAGAGGCAUAGCCAUCUAUUGGGGCCAAAACGGCAACGAAGGUAACCUCUCGGCCACGUGUGCAACCGGCAGGUAUGUUUACGUCAACGUCGCCUUUCUUGUGAAAUUCGGAAACGGCCAAACGCCGGAGCUCAACCUCGCCGGGCACUGUAACCCUGCGGCCAACACUUGCACCCGUUUUGGAUCUCAGGUCAAAGAUUGUCAGUCUCGUGGCAUCAAGGUUAUGUUGUCUCUCGGCGGAGGGAUCGGAAACUACUCGAUUGGGUCUAGGGAGGACGCGAAAGUGGUCGCGGAUUACUUGUGGAACAACUUCUUGGGAGGAAAAUCAUCAUCGCGUCCUCUAGGUGAUGCUGUUCUUGAUGGUAUCGAUUUCAAUAUCGAGCUUGGCUCCCCUCAACAUUGGGAUGAUCUCGCUAGUUUUCUCUCAAAAUUUAGCCACCGAGGAAGAAAGGUAUAUCUAACAGGAGCUCCUCAAUGUCCAUUUCCAGAUAGAUUAAUGGGAAGUGCUCUUAACACUCGACUUUUUGACUACGUUUGGGUCCAAUUCUACAACAAUCCACCGUGUUCAUACACGUCAGGUAACACUCAAAACCUUUUCGAUUCGUGGAACAAGUGGACCACUUCGAUCACAGCCCAAAAAAUCUUUUUGGGUCUUCCGGCGGCUCCUGAAGCAGCCGGAAGUGGGUAUAUUCCAUCGGAUGUACUGACUUCGCAGAUUUUUCCGAUUCUAAAGAAGUCACGGAAAUAUGGAGGUGUAAUGCUUUGGUCUAAGUUCUGGGAUGAUAAAAAUGGAUAUAGCUCAUCUAUAUUGGCUAGUGUCUCCGUUCAAGUUGGCUUGGCCGCUGAACCGCACAUCGGGUUGGGUUCAAAGUUAAUAGCUAAUGAACUAAACCGGGUAUGGCUCUCAGCGAACGGUACUUUUGCAAUCGGGUUUACUCGGUUUAAACCACCCGAUCGGUUCUUACUGAGCAUUUGGUUCGCGCAACUUCCUGGUGACCCAACCAUUGUCUGGUCUCCCAAUAGAAACUCCCCAGUCACAAAAGAAGCCGUCUUGGAGCUAGACGCCACCGGAAACCUCAUACUCUCCGACCAAACCACCGUCGUCUGGACAUCAAAUACCUCAAACCACGGCGUCAAAUCAGCAGUCAUGUCUGAAUCCGGAAACUUCCUCCUCCUUGGAACCGAAGUUACCGCGACUCCAGCCAUUUGGCAGAGCUUUUCACAACCUUCCGACACUCUCCUCCCAAACCAACCCUUAACCGUUUCUUUAGAACUAACCUCUAAUCGUUCACCGUCGCGUCAGGGCCAUUACUCCUUGAAAAUGCUGCAGCAACACACUUCGCUUAGCCUCGGCCUAACCUACAACAUCAAUCUUGACCCUCACGCAAACUACUCCUACUGGUCCGGACCAGAAAUUUCGAAUGUCACGGGAGACGUUACCGCGAUUAUUGAUGAUACCGGAAGCUUCAAGAUCGUUUACGGAGAAUCCUCAACUGGAGCAGUGUAUGUCUACAAGAACCCGGCAGAUGAAAACCGGAAUUACAACAAUAGCAGUAAUUCCCGGUUAACAAAAAAGCCGGUUCUGCGAAAAUUGGUAUUAGAAAACAACGGUAAUCUUCGGUUGUACCGGUGGGACAACGACAUGAAUGGUUCAAGCCAAUGGGUACCUGAAUGGGCAGCUGUAUCAAAUCCAUGUGACAUAGCUGGGAUUUGCGGUAAUGGAGUAUGUAAUUUGGACCGAACCAAGAAAAAUGCCGAGUGUUUAUGUUUGCCAGGCUCGGUGAAGCUUCCUGAUCAAGAAAACGCUAAACUCUGUUCAGACAACUCAUCUUUGGUCGAAGAAUGUGAGACCAACACUUAUCGUAACGGUGCCUUCAAGAUAUCGACGGUCCAAGAGACUAACUACUAUUUCUCGGAACGUUCUAUUAUCGCGAAUUACAGCGAUAACGGGAACUUGAAGAAAUGCGGUGAGAUGUGUUUGGCGGAUUGCAAGUGUGUGGCUUCGGUUUACGGUUUAGAUGAUGAAAAGCCUUAUUGUUGGAUUCUAAAGAGUCUUAAUUUUGGCGGGUUUAGAGAUCCUGGUUCGACCCUUUUCGUGAAGACUAGAGCUAAUGAAUCUUACUCCUCGAAUUCGAAUGAUGGUAAUAACGAUUCUAAAUCACCUACGAGCCACGGAUUAAGACAAAAGGUUCUAGUGAUUCCAGUAGUUGUGGGGAUGCUUGUGCUUGUGGCACUACUUGGAAUGUUGUUAUAUUAUAAUGUGGAUAGGAAGAGAACACUAAAGAGAGCCGUAAAGAACUCGUUGAUCCUUUGUGACUCUCCUGUGAGUUUCACUUACCGCGAUCUUCAGAACUCUACAAACAAUUUCUCCCAACUUCUUGGAUCAGGUGGAUUUGGUACGGUGUACAAAGGAAGAGUAGCGGGUGAAACGCUGGUCGCGGUUAAGAGAUUAGACAGAGUAUUAUCCCACGGAGAGAGAGAGUUCAUCACUGAAGUCAACACCAUUGGUUCAAUGCAUCACAUGAACCUAGUUCGCUUGUGCGGUUACUGCUCUGAAGACUCACACCGGCUUCUAGUUUAUGAGUAUAUGAUAAAUGGGUCGUUAGACAAAUGGAUAUUUUCUUCGGAUCGGACGGACAUGCUGCUUUCUUGGCGAACACGUUUUGAGAUAGCGGUGGCGACUGCGCAAGGGAUCGCGUAUUUUCAUGAGCAGUGUAGGAACAGGAUUAUUCAUUGUGACAUUAAACCGGAGAACAUCUUGUUGGAUGAAAACUUUUGUCCUAAGGUAUCAGAUUUCGGGCUGGCUAAGAUGAUGGGGAGAGAGCAUUCGCAAGUGGUUACGAUGAUUAGAGGGACAAGAGGGUAUCUAGCGCCCGAAUGGGUGAGUAACCGCCCGAUCACGGUGAAGGCCGAUGUGUAUAGUUAUGGAAUGCUUCUUCUUGAGAUCGUUGGUGGUAGAAGAAAUCUUGACAUGUCCUUUGACGCUGAGGAUUUCUUUUACCCUGGAUGGGCCUACAAGGAACUAACAAACGGGACGGCCUUGAAAGCUGUGGAUAGAAAGCUACAAGGUGUAGCAGAGGAAGAAGAAGUAGUGAAAGCUCUUAAAGUGGCUUUUUGGUGCAUACAAGACGAAGUAUCCAUGAGACCAUCGAUGGGAGAGGUAGUGAAGCUUCUAGAAGGCUCUUCGGACGAGAUAAAUCUGCCGCCGAUGCCGCAGACGAUUCUAGAGCUUAUAGAAGAAGGAUUGGAGGGUGUGUAUAGAGCAAUGAGGAGAGAGUUUAAUAAUCAGCUUAGCUCUUUCACUGUGAAUACCAACACAACCUCUCAGAGUUAUCAUUCCUCCUCUCGGUCUCAUGCUACUUGUAGUUACUCUUCAAUGUCUCCUAGGUAG